CAAUAUUUGUGCUUGAGUUUCUUGGAUAUUGUGCCCAACUACCUCGCACUACUCGCUAUACAUCGAACUUCGUUGACGAGUGCCACUUUGUUGCAAUCAUUGACAAUACCAUCUACAAUGAUAUUUUGCAGGCUACUGCUCGGCAAAAAGUACCAAAGAAUGCACUACAUUGGAGUCGUCUUGUGCAUGCUGGGAGGGGGAAUCACCAUACUAACGGACAAAGGUAUAUUAUUGUCCCCCGAUAGGGAAACUCCCCAGCCCCAUUCUUUUAGUGGUGACGUUCUAGCUAUUCUGGCGGCUCUAGGAUACGGAGUAGGAGAUGCCUGCGCCGAAUUCUGGUCGAAGCAUGUGAACCGAGAGGAAUACCUGGGAAUGAUUGGUCUCUUCGGAGCAAUAUGGACCCUUAUAGCGUCUUUGCUUUACGAACGGGAUGCAGUGCUCGAGGCAUUUGCAACAGACYACGAAACAUUUUUGAGAGCUGCAGGGGUUGCGGCGUGCUAUGUUGCAUCAUUGCUGGCAUAUUACGUUACGGAAUCGAAGUUUCUAAUGAAAUCGGAUGCAACUCUCCUGAACCUGUCGCUCCAAACCCAAAAUUUUUGGGCUGUUUUGUUUUCCGUUUUCUUCUUCCGAGAAACACCUCAUCUUCCGUUUUAUGUUGCCAUGAUCUUGGUAGUUACGGGAGCCUUUGUCUACGAACUAGGAAACAACAAUGAGCACAGAGUCGCAUUUAAAUUGGACACGUUCAAGGCCAAUUUGGACAUUGCCACAGAAUCCACUCCUUUGACCAGCCGUAACGAAGAUACGUCACUUGAAAUCUGAAACACGCACGCGCCACAAAGAGCAAUGUGAAAAAUAUAGAAUAAAUAUCUAU